UUCACAGCCAAACCAGACAGCUAUACAUUUAAAUAAAUCUUAAACUUUCUAAGUUUUUAAAUUGAAAUCAUGUAUUUCGCGAAGAUUAACGAAGCUUUAAACUUCUUGGAUGUUUCAUCCAUUGAAUACGAUGAGAUCUUCAAAGCAACAGCUGCCUUGAUGGGAAUCGAAAGUCUCUUGGAGUAUUACGAAGAGGAUAAACAAAACGAUGUUGUCGUUGAGGAUGCUAAAUAUUACGUUAGCGAGGGAAAGACUGUUGAACAAGGAAAAACCGUUGUAGCUCAAGGCAAAACUGUGGAUAUCGAUCAAGGAAAGACUUUCAUCUCGCAAGGAAAAACUUUUAUUGCACAAGGUAAAACUACAGAAGUUGACCAAGGAAAGAAGUACUUUGCUCAAGGAAAAACAUUGGAAGUUGAGCAGGGCAAAAACUAUGUUGGCCAGGGUAAAUUUGUUGCACAGGCAAAGACAUACCUCAGUCAGGGAAAAACCAUGCAUAUUGACCAAGGAAAAUCUUACAUGUCGCAAGGAAAAUCUUAUGUUUCCCAGGGCAAGUCCGUUGAUCAAGGCAAGACCUAUGUAGCCCAAGGCAAAUCUGUUGAACAAGGCAAGACCAUCGACCAAGGCAAGACCUACGUUGCCCAAGGCAAAUCCGUUGAACAAGGAAAGACCAUCGAUCAAGGCAAGACAUAUGUUGCCCAAGGCAAAUCUGUUGAACAAGGCAAGACCUACAUUGCCCAAGGCAAGUCCUACGUUGCCCAAGGAAAAUCCGUUGAACAAGGCAAGACCUAUAUUACCCAAGGAAAGACCAUAGACGUUCAACAAGGAAAAUGCUACGUCUCUCAAGCCAAAACCAUCGACGCUCAAUACGUGUCUAGCGUAUUGAAAUAUGUAAUUGAAAACACUGUUAACUUCAGCAAACAGCAAUCUUAUUAUAUGAGACCAAUGAACAUGAUUUCUGUUUACUAAUUAAAAUAAGAGUAAUUCGAUUGAAA